UUUCCGUUUGUAAAUAAACAACUUUUUGUAACCACGAGUGUCUUUGCAGUGGUUCACAAGAUGGCCGAAGUACAACCUUCAGUACCAGUUUCCAUGGUUACAGAUCAAAAUAGAAGAGUUCAGCUUGUUGACUCUGUAAAGAAAGCCUUGUUUGUUAUAGGCUCACCACUUCUCAUAUUUAUAGCAUUCAGGAAUUCAGUUGUAUGGCAUACUCAACAAUUCUGGGGAGCAUCAGGGAAUUUCUGGCAGAAUCUAUGGGACAGUGUAUAUGAUGUGUUUGGAAGGAACGAUCUGGCAGUAGGCGUUAUAGGAACAAUUCUAUUCACUAAUGCAGUAAUAUGGGGUGCCAAUGCUUUUCUACUGAUCCUAGACGCCACAGGAAAACCUGGUUUUCUGUUAAAGUAUAAAGUUCAGGAAGACAAAAAUGUACCAGUUGAUAGACAGAAGUUAAAGAAGGCUGUGAAAAUUGUUUUGUUUAACGGAUUUGUUGUUUCAUUUCCGAUGACAUUGUUUGGAUUUUCUUUGAUGAAAUGGCGUGGGUGUAUCGUCAGUGGUGAGAUGCCUUCAUUUGCAUGGGUUCUGUUAGAGCUAACUGUGUUUAGUUUGGUGGAAGAAAUUGGAUUUUACUACUCUCACAGAUUGAUGCACCAUCCCAGACUUUAUAAGCACAUUCACAAGCUACACCACGAAUGGACAGCUCCAAUAGGGAUUAUCUGUAUCUAUGCUCAUCCUUUAGAGCAUUGUAUCAGUAAUUUGAUGCCUAUUAUGAUGGGACCAAUACUAAUGGGGUCACACUUAGCUACAGCUUGGAUGUGGUUCUUCAUGGCUCUGGUGUCAACUACUAUAUCCCACAGUGGUUAUCACUUCCCAUUCCUCCCAUCACCAGAGGCACAUGAUUUCCACCAUCAAAAGUUUACCAACUGUUUUGGAGUACUUGGUGUACUUGAUCGUCUCCAUGGAACAGACAACAAUUUCAGGGAUAGUAAAGCCUACCAGAGACACAUCAUGUUACUAAGUCUCACUCCCCUGUCUCAACAGUACCCAGAUACACCACCUAAACAAUGUUUGGAGAAAACAUCAGACAAAAAACAUGAAUAAAGGGCUUUAGCACAACAAGUAUUUUUGUAAAACCACCUAUUUUACAAAGUGUUAUGGUUUACACUUUUUUCAUCAGUUUAUUUGUUACCCAAGUGUUAUUGAAGAGCAUACUGUAUAAUCUUUAACCUGUAGCCAUUGUAAAUUAAUAGGUUGUUAAACCAGGUUUACUGUUGUGAUUUGAUGUGUGAAGGUAAUAUGAUCUGAUUUACAGCUUGGUUUUUUAUGUCCAUAUGUAAUUAUUCACCUAGUCAGUUGGAGUAAGUACAAUCAUUUGUUGUGAUGUCUUACUUAACUCUUAUAGAGUAUUAUGACUUUUUAGGGCACCCUUAAGGUUUCAAUUUGUUUUUAAUUUUCCUGAAUUGUUUUUGUUGAGAUUAACACCCAAUAUAACUUAUCUACUGACAUGGAAAUUCCAGAGCAUAUAAUUUUUUUUAUCAAUAUUCAUUUUGCAUUGUUUAUAUGAGCUAAGAAAUGACUAUAGCAGACAUUUUCUAUGAAUGAAAGAUAAACUACUAUAACUAGAUUGCUUCACAUUACAAACAUCAAGGUAUAUCAUGGUGCUCAUAGUGUAUCUUUCUUUUUCUUUGAAUUAUUAUUUUGACUUUAAUUUUUGAUUGUGCUGUUGGUUUACCAGUUAUAUAUCUCUUUUUAUAAAUUUUAUAUAAACUUUUUUUUAAUUUUAUAUAAAUUAUGCCAUGAGUAGAAUAAACAAAUAUUGAACCAAACAGGUCAUUAAGUUUACUUAAAAAUAAUGAGUUUUGUAUUUGAAAAAAAAUUUAUGUGAGAAAUUUUACAAAGAUAAGCUGCAUAGACCAUGUAGACUCCGCAUUCAUUUUGUUAUCCAGAAGUAUUUUGUUUAACAUAUGUGUGUAUAUAUAGGGGGAUGGUUUAGAUCUAAAAAAAACAUGUUUAACCCUUGCUGCAUUGUUGCGCCUGUCCCAAGUCAGGAGCCUCCAGUCUUUGUUAAUCUUGUAUGAUUUCAAAUUUUAGUUUCUUGAGUUUAUUUUGGAAGUAUGACGUUCAUUAUCACUGAACAAGUAGAUAUUUUUGUUAAGUGGCCAUUUGAAGCACGCCUGUGUGAGGGGGUUUCUCGCUGUAUUGAAGACCAUUGGUGGCCUUUCAGCGGUUGUCUGCUAAUUGGUCGGAUUGUUGUCUCUUUGACACAUUAUCUCUUUCCAUUCUCAAUUUUAUCUAUAUCCAUACAAAAAAUAAUGAUUAGUUAUUAUCACUCAAUUUAGGUACCUGUAAAUGUUACAGAUAAAAACUAAGAAGUGAACACUGACGAAGUGUACUAAAAUACAGAAAUAGUAAUACCAGUGUCUGUUUACUCUUCUAUGCUAUAGUAAUACCAGUGUCUGUUUACUCUUCUAUGCUAUAGUUUUGAAUAUCAUCUAAUUUUGUGCAGAAUCCUUUCUUCUAUUCUAUAAGAGUGUUAACUAGACUAGUGACCAGAGGUAGCUGUCAGUUAAGUUAAGCAGAUGAAAGCAUUUUUAGCAUACUAGUUAAAAACAUGAUCAAAUUAAAUAGUUAAUAUUGUGUUUUAAUUAGUUUUAUUUGCAAUUCAAUGUUUUCAUGGAUUUGCAAAUUGCCCUGUUGUAAUUGAUUGGUAUUUGUUUUUUGUUGUUGACUGGUAUUUCUGUUAAUAGUAUGUUGUCUUAGGGUGGUUCGGAUGUCUUCCUCCAUCUUGGAUUUUGAAGAAGCAGACAACUUUGGUCUAGAUAUUUGAUGAAAUGUGCAAAUUUUGAGAGUUGUUUAUAAUUUAUGUAAAAGACUGUUGAUAUAAAUAUAUUAUAUAGAAAAUUGUGUGUUUUAUCAUAACUACAGCUGUAAUUUCUCAAAAACACCUUGUUUGUGUUUAAUUUUAAAUAACAAAGAUAAAGUAAUUUUUAUAAUGUGAAGUGUUAUGAAUUUACUUAUUUUUAUAUGUAGCAAGAAAACAAGUUCGGUGACCACAUUUUUUCUUUUUCUUUUCUGAAAGUAUGUUAUAAGAGCAAUCUUCUCAAAUUCUUCUUAACGUUCUAAUAGCUUGUUUUCUUUUUAUCUCACAAAAUUUAUUUUCUAUGCAUAAUCUAUACAGAAUACAAUUUUGCACAACCUGCAGCAGUGUGGAAAAAAGUCCAGUGACCCAUACUUUUAAUAUAUUUUUGAAAAAAGCAUGAUAAAAACUUCAUUUUUACAAGUUAUCAAAAAAUUCUAUCAAUUUUAAUUAAGACUCCCUAGCCACCUUAUACAUUACGUCUACCUCCAUUGUCAGCAUCAGUCUUGUGAUUGUGAUUUUCAUCUGUCUAUAAUAUUCAAAAAUCACUUGGACAAUUCUUGUUCACAGUCAACCUCAUAUUUUUAAAGGUUUUCUUGUCUAUAAAACAACAAGGUCAACAGUGCCAAAAUAGUAGUACUCUGACCUGCAUUAAAUUUUGAUUAAUUUCAGUUGAAAGUUCAGCAGUUAUUAGUUUUAGGUAAAGUACACUUUUUGUUUUUAAAUGCAAUGAUGUAAUUUUUUUUCUCACCACUGACACCGUGUGUCAUCAGUUCACCGGAUAUAGGUACUAACCAAGCGGGCAUGAUCCAUUUUGACCUUACACGGUAACGAAAAUCUUUGUUUUGUUUUAUCAAUAUUCAAUGUACAUUUUUCAACAUUUGAAAUUCCUGCUCCCAAAUGAUUUUUGUAUCGAUUUUUUCUUAUUUAUAAAACAACUUUGAUAUUCUAAUAAGAACAAUUAACUUGUAAAUGCGCAAAUAGUUGUCAAUCUCAACACCAGCUUUCAAUUUUGAUACAGUUGUCGAGACGUUAAAAUGUUUUAUCUGAAAGAAAGCUAAUACAGGGCAAAAGUAAUAGUUACAAAUCAUAAACCUAUCUGUGAUUACUUUGUUCCUUUUUUGAGUAAUAAACGAAAAAAAUGUUUUUGUGUACGGUGUACAGCAACUAAACUAUGCACCACACAGAAAGAUUUAUGUGGUCACUAAGCACCGUACACAAUGCUUCUUUUCGAAAUAAAAUAUCGAAAAAUAACAUAUGUAUAAGAGAUUUCAAUGCCAAUUAUUGAAACAGCUAUACUUAUUACACACACAAAGUGGCCUUCUAUCAGAAAAAUAGUUGCAAUGAAUAUAUAAUCAUAUCUGAUGAGACGAGCGUAAACUCUUUGACAAGUAUUUGCACAUGUUUUUAGUAAUCGUUCUUGUUUUGGGGAAAUAAUGAGACAUAUCUAAUCAUCAACCUACAAAUCAUUUCUUAUAAUAACAAUUAUGUUUAGAUUGAUAAACACAUUGAUGUUAUGUGAAAAAACAAAGAUUUUCAUUACUGUGUUAGGUCAAAAUCGCUCACGCCCGCUUGGUUAGUACCUAUAUCCGCUGUUCGAUGAUACACAGUGACUGAAUGACUUGUGCUUUUCCUGGUACUUUUUUGUUUUGUUUUGUGGCAUUUAUAUUUAAAAAAAAUUAUACAUUGUGAAAUAAUGAUUAUGAUUAUAAUACUCCAUUAUACAUUGUUAUAACGUCAGUUAAGGUUUUGGUUUUGCUUUUUUUAAUGCAACAAUCAAUGCAGUUUUUCCUUUUGUGAUAUUUGUCAUUGUAAAUAAAAUAUUAUUUAGUGCUGCCUAUUUUUGUAAUAUUAUUUUGUUAAAUAUUUGUAUAAUGUCAAAGGAGUUGGAAACUUGUGUAUAUAAACUUCUGUGUCAUUUGAUCUCUUGUUGAGAUUUGUCUCAUUGGCGAUUAAACCACAUCUUUAUAUGAUUUUAAUAGAUAUCAGGUUUAAAAUUAUGUGGACCAGACACUUUUGGUUUUUAUACAAAAGACUUGUCAGUGAUGCUUGAAUAAAAAAAAUCAAUUAAGGUA